GUGACGUCACAGUGUCAUGGCGGCGGUCUGUGUGUGAGUGUGUGUGAGUGUGUGCCGCAGGAGGAGCGCUGUAUCUCAGUCCCGGAGCUCGGCUUUAUCUCUCAUGUUCCUGAGGUUUCUCUCCAAAGUCUCUUCAGUGAUGGCAGGACCAAGGCCGGUGGUUUUCAGCGGGCCCUCGGGUGCUGGGAAAAGCACACUUCUCAAAAAGCUGAUCAAAGAGUUCGACGGGGUCUUCGGCUUCAGUGUCUCCCAUACGACACGGAAACCUCGUCAAGGAGAGGAGAACGGGAAAGACUAUCACUUUGUGAGCAGGGAGGACAUGCAGGCUGCAAUCGCUAGAGGAGAGUUCAUCGAGAGCGCAAAAUUCUCAGGGAACAUGUACGGAACAAGUAAAGCAGCGGUCCAGGCCGUUCAGGACAAUAAUGUGAUUUGUCUCCUGGACAUCGACAUGCAGGGAGUGAAGAGCAUAAAGAAAACUGAUAUAAAGCCCAUCUACAUCUCCAUCCAACCUCCAUCCAUAGCAGCGCUGGAGGAGAGGUUAAGGGCCAGGAAGAGCGAGACUGAGGAGAGUUUACAGAAGCGACUCGAGGCUGCUAGCGUGGAAAUAGAGUUCAGUAAAGAGGCGGGUCAGUUCGACGUGGUGAUCGUUAACGAUGAUCUGGACGAAGCGUACGAGAAAUUAAAAUCGGCUCUGCUCCAGGAAAUCCAAAAGGUGAAAAACACCAAAGCCUGAGGGUCCAACAUCAAAGAGCAGCACUCCAAGACACCAACAUUCCACACACACACACACACACACACACACUGUGCUUACACACUCCUCUCCCCCACACGAGGCUGAUUACGCAGCUUCUGGAGGAAAACUGUUGCUCGAAUAAACAUCUCCUUAUUUUUUAUUAUUAUUUUUAAAUACAUUAUUAAUGUCAGUCUUUUAUUACACACUCCAACGUACAGCACACACUCACCAACCCUCAGAGCAGUGCAUUGUCGGUAACCCAUGCACGCAUGCACACUCACAGACUGCUAACUUUAAAGAGCUCCCUCUGCUGCCUGCCAGGUGAAUUACACCGACAGUAGGCGGCUCGUGUGGGGGCGGAGCUACAUUUCAGCGCUUCGGUGCUUCAGAAAAGUUUAAAAACUGACAAAAUAUUCUGGGAUGUAACAUUUUUUUACAGCUUUUAUGAUGUCACAGUGUAAUCAAAUCUUGGCUAAAAUAUCUGUGAUCCAGUAAUGAAUUUUGUUUCCCCCUAUCUCCUCUCUGACGUAGCGGAUGCUGUGACGUGUAACUCUGUUCCCCUGAGUGUUCCCCUAAACUCAGUGUAACUCCACUUUAAAUCCUAACCAUCAUGUUUAUUACCAGCUUGAUUAAUUACGACUCUUUGGGAACGUGUGAGCGUUUUGGAUCUGUACAGUGCGCUUCUCCACUUUUCUUCUUCUCCUGCUUGGUGUUUCCUGGCGGUUGGCAUCCACCAUGGAGGGACCUUCUGGUCUUGAUCUACCUUUCAGUUUUAAACCCUCUUUUCUAGCUCUUAAGAAAUCCGUCCAGUACGUUCUUCACUAACACUCCUCCUCUCAGUUCUACUUUUUACAUCUAUCCUUUUCUUCUCCUUUAUUGUUUAACGUCAGUGGAAAUCCAGGAGGUCAAAUUACCACCAGCUGUAGGUCUCACUCUCUCAGCUUCCCGACCUCUUUUUCCAGAUCAGCCUUUAUUUAAAAAAAUAAAUAAAUAAAUAAUGUAUCUUUCCCUGA